AUGUUCAAGCUCAAGCUUGAUCACUUGAUCAAGAACCUGAAGGAUGACCACGUACUCGGGAAAGUGAAAGGAGUUGUGUACACCGUGGAAUUCCAAAAACGCGGUCCGCCUCAUGCCCAUAUACUAUUCUUCGAAGAAUGCGACAAAUUAAGAACCCCGGAAGACAUUGAUCGUGUUAUAUCGACUGAAAUUCCAGAUAAAGAAGUGGACAACAGUUUGUCUAGGCCUGAAUAUGUUUGGGAACAAACAUACGACAAACUAACUAACGAUAUACUUCACAUACGUAGAAAAGAGAUUAACGAGCCAGAAGCUAUUAAACACAUAGCAUUGGCAAAAAUCGAGAAGAUGCUACUCGCAAAUGGGAUGAGCUUAAAAGACAUACCCAACAUGCCCUUCCCAGAUUUCAGAUACAUCGAGGUGGCAUGUAACAUGCUCAUUCAAGAUGAACUCGGUUAUGACAAGGAGAAACUGGAAAUGGAACAUCAAGGAUUACAUGCAAGCCUCACAGCGGAACAAUUAAAGGUAUACGACACCGUCAUGGAUGCGGUUGCCCAAGAUGACGGGGGCGUUUUCUUCCUAUAUGGAUACGGAGGCACGGGAAAAACAUUUGUUUGGAAGACAUUAUCAUCGGCUAUCCGGCGCAAAGGAAGCAUAGUCUUAAAUGUCGCGUCAAGUGGGAUAGUUGCAUUGCUGCUAACAGGAGGAAGAACGACCCAUUCGAGAUUUGCAAUCCCACUUAACCCAACCGAAGACUCCUUCUGCAAUAUCAACUCAGACAACCCUCUGGCAGACUUAAUACGAGAGGCUAGAUUGAUCAUUUGGGACGAGGCAACCAUGAUGCAUAAGCAUUGUUUCGAGGCCUUAGAUCGAACAAUGAGAGAUAUAAUCCAGGGACCAAAUUCACACAAACCUUUCGGGGGUAAAGUCAUAGUUUUCGGGGGAGACUUCCGACAGAUCCUUCCGGUCAUUCCAGGGGGAAAUAGGGAGGAAAUUGUCAAUGCUUCGCUUAACCAUUCAUCUUUAUGGGAUCAUUGCAAGGUCCUCACAUUGACACAGAAUAUGCGUUUGCAGAGCGGCACAAACGCCCAAGAGAAAGAGGAAAUUAAAAAAUUCACAGAGUGGAUAUUGACAGUCGGUGAAGGGACGGCAGGAGGCAACAACGACGGGUCUACAGAAAUUGAGCUCCUGGAAGAGGUGUUGAUUAAAUCCGAAAAAAAUCAUGUCGAAUCUAUUGUGUCAGCAAAUUUUCCUUCGAUUGCAGAACACCAUAAUGACAGGGGAUAUUUUGAAGACAAGGCAAUUUUGGUACCGACAAAUGAAGAGGUCGAUACGAUCAACGAAUACGUACUAUCGAAGCUAAAAGGCGACGAGCGUAUUUACUUCAACUCAGACAGUGUUUGUCAGUCAGAGUUCAUUGACGAGUUCCAACAAUCUUUGUACGCACCGGAAAUACUGAAUGGGUUCAAAAUAUCAGGGAUACCCAAUCACAAAUUGGUACUAAAGGAAGGUGUGUCUGUGAUGUUACUUCGCAAUAUAGACCAGUCUAACGGGUUAUGCAAUGGGACGAGAUUGAGGGUAACAAGAUUAGGAAAGAAUGUGAUUGAAGCGGAAGUGAUAUCCGGCAACAACAUUGGGUACAAAACUUACAUCCCUAGAAUGAAGCUAAUACCGUCAGAUAAAAGAAUACCGUUCAGGUUUAAUAGAAGACAAUUCCUGUUGAUCGUUUCUUUCGCAAUGACAAUCAACAAAAGUCAAGGCCAAUCUUUAUCGAUCGUUGGUCUGUAUCUACAACGUCCAGUUUUCACACACGGACAGUUGUAUGUUGCAAUCUCUCGGGUUAAGUCGAAAAAGGGACUCAAGGUGCUGAUAUACGACAAAGAUGGGAAGACAACAAACACUACAACGAAUGUCGUCUACAAAGAAGUGUUGCAAAAGAUGAAGGAAGAUAUGUGA